AGCCGGAGGCAACGUGCAGCCGAGCCUGACGCACGUUCCCUCCCUCCCCCUCCUGUAUUUUUGUCCCGUCCCGUUCCCUCCUGGGUCUCCCUCCACCUACCGACCCAUCAUCCCACGGAGUAGCGAGGCGACUUCCCCUACAUAACCCGAUCUAGAUCGCGGGAAGUCCAUCCAUCCAUCCAUCCACCCAGGGCCGCACACCGCCGCCUCACCUCCUUUGUUCCCCUCCCGCCAGCCCGACGAGAAAAAGGGAGACCACGCCGCCGCCGCCGACUGCCCCGACACCUCCGGCAAGAAUGGGGAGCACCGACGAGACUGGAACUCCCUAUGGCGAGUACACCUAUGCUGAGCUGGAGAGGGAGUUGUACUGGCCAUCUGAGAAGCUGAGAAUCUCGGUUACUGGAGCUGGUGGUUUCAUUGGAUCCCAUAUUGCUCGCCGCCUGAAGAGUGAGGGGCACUACAUCAUUGCCUCUGACUGGAAGAAGAACGAGCAUAUGACCGAGGACAUGUUCUGCCAUGAGUUCCACCUUGCUGACCUCAGGGUCAUGGACAACUGCCUUAAGGUCACCACCGACGUCGACCAUGUCUUCAAUCUUGCUGCUGAUAUGGGAGGCAUGGGGUUCAUUCAGUCCAACCACUCUGUUAUCAUGUACAACAACACCAUGAUCAGUUUCAACAUGCUUGAGGCCGGGCGUAUCAAUGGUGUGAAGAGGUUCUUCUAUGCGUCGAGCGCAUGCAUCUACCCUGAAUUCAAACAGCUUGAGACAAAUGUGAGCUUGAAGGAAGCUGAUGCCUGGCCUGCUGAGCCCCAAGAUGCCUAUGGCUUGGAGAAGCUCGCGACCGAGGAGCUGUGCAAGCAUUACACCAAGGACUUUGACAUUGAGUGCCGUAUUGGCCGUUUUCACAACAUUUAUGGUCCCUUUGGAACAUGGAAAGGCGGUCGCGAGAAGGCACCAGCUGCCUUCUGUAGAAAGGCUCAGACCUCUACCGAACAGUUCGAGAUGUGGGGUGAUGGUCUCCAGACUCGAUCGUUCACUUUUAUCGACGAGUGCGUUGAGGGUGUUCUGAGAUUGACAAAGUCAGACUUUUGCGAGCCCGUGAACAUUGGAAGCGAUGAAAUGGUGAGCAUGAACGAGAUGGCAGAGAUUGUUCUCGGCUUCGAGGACAAGAAGCUGCCCAUCCACCACAUCCCUGGUCCAGAGGGUGUCCGUGGCCGCAACUCUGACAACACCCUCAUCAAGGAGAAGCUUGGCUGGGCCCCCACAAUGAGGCUCAAGGAUGGCCUAAGGUUCACCUACUUCUGGAUCAAGGAGCAGAUCGAGAAGGAGAGGACCGAGGGGAAGGACGUUGCCCUGUAUGGAUCAUCCAAGGUGGUGUCCACACAGGCACCGGUGCAGCUGGGCUCCCUCCGCGCGGCUGACGGGAAGGAGUAAACUAUGCAGAUCAACGCGAGAUCUACUAUGCCACUGCCCAUCGAACGGAUCCUUCCUUGCGAAAAAGAUUCAGAGAAUUGCACAGCCUGCCCUAACUACCCCAUGCACGAUUUCAGCAGAUUCAAGUGCUCCUAUUCAUCGUCGCCCCCAUUAAUUAUUAUCUUUGUGUCACCGAAUUCCUGGGAUACCAAACUUUUGAUUGGAUGAAGAAUAAGAUCCCCUUUUUUACUUUGAA